AUGUUUAAAUCAAACAAUUCAGUGUCAGCUAAAAACAAAAAAUAUACUCAAUCGAUCGAAAAAGUACUACUUUCAUUUGAAUCACUUGAAGAAUGGGCUGACUAUAUUGCAUUCCUUUCAAGACUACAAAAGGUUAUUACAACUUAUAUAGAUUUGGAAUCGUUUUUUGUACCUGAAGCUCAACAAGUAUCUUAUAGAUUAUCAUUAUGUUUAUCAUCAACUUUACCAAAUGGUGUUCAUCAAAAAGCAUUAAACAUAUAUGAGUUAAUUAUUGAUAAAUUGUCAAUUGAUCAAAUUAAUGUCGAAAUUAAUAUAUGGUUACCGGGUUUAUUACCACUAUUUUCAUAUUCAUCUAUAUCCUUGAAACCACAACAAAUAAGUCUAUUUCAAUCCCUCAUUAUAAAUAAGUUAAAUUCAGACUCCUUAUCAAGACUCACAAAACCAAUUAUACUAAGUCUUCUAUCAGGUUUAGAAGAUGAAAAUUCAGAGAUAUUUCAAGAUGUUCUCAAUUUAUUGAAUGCUUUCAAAAUCAAAUUAAAUAAUGAUUCUAAACUUUGGCAAUGUAUGUUUCUUUGCGUUAUUAGUAAUCCGGAAAGAAGAGUUGGAGCAUUGCAAUGGUGUGAUAGAUAUCUACCUCAAUUUACAAAUACAAAAGAAGAUUGGCUAUCGAAAGAAGCAGAACUAUGCUUGAAACCGGAAGCUGGUCUAUUGAUUAGAAUGUUUGCAAUUGCAAUAAAGGAUUCUGAUACAUUGAUCACACGAGGAUUUUUGGAUUUACUUUUAACAAGAUUACCAUUAGACAGCAAAAUUUUUGACUCAACUAUAUCACCAAAAGAUAAGCAAUUAUUAAUCAUGUCAUGUUGUUAUGUUUUGGGUAAAGAUAUGAGUUUAAAUAGAAGAGUUUGGAAUUACUUUUUAGGACCAGAAACAGAGAAUUUGAGACAAGAAUAUUUCAGAAAUAAUGCAUUGGAGCUUUUGAGCAAAGGAUUAAUAGAGCUAAUAUCGUCAAGCUCCACAGAACAUAAGUUACGAGCACUAGAUAUUUCAUUUUAUUUAGUGAUGGAUAAAUGGGAGAUCAAUCAAGAAUUAACUUCAAAAUUAUUUUCACCUUAUUUGAAUGUUUGUUAUCAAGAAGCAGGUUUGACCAAAAAUUCUCUAAGAUUUUUUGAGGAGGUCGAAUCAUCGUAUGUUUGGAAGGAGAUAAUAAAUAUAAUACUAAACGAUGAAUACGAGAAGUUGGAUUUUGUAUUUAAAAAUUUUAAUUUAAGUGAGGAUGAAAAAUCUGGAUUUUUUGCAUUAAUGGGUAUAGCUUGUCUUUUAAGUGAGGACUUGGAUGAAAGGAAGCUUGAGACAGUUGAUUCAUUAUUUACUUUGAUACCCAAAAAGUCAUUGCCAUCGACAAGAUUAGAUCAAAGUUUAUCAAAAAUCGACAUAGUCGAUUCUUGGAAAAAUUCUGAGUAUUAUAAAGAAGAGGAAUUAGUAUCCUAUAUAAUGACGACUUUGAUGCUGGUUUACUCUUCUCAUUUCGACAUGGUUCAUGGGACGAAAAUAGGAACUUUGCUCAUAAAAUUUUUUGAUGUUAUUGAGUCAAGUGAAAUAAAGUCAGAAUGUACAAGUUUACUCCUUCACAAUUGGACCGACCAACCCAAAAGUUCAAUUCCUAUCUCACUUGAUAGAUUAAAAAUAUUCAAUCAUGUAUCAAAAUAUGUAAAUGAUCAAGAUAAAGAUCGCUUUUUAAAUCAUUCACUAACAAAUUUAUGGGCUUCAGUGAUAUCUCCAAGUUCAACUAAUUUUCAACCAGAAGUAGUCAAAUGUUUAUUUGAUUUAAGAUUUACAUUUCCAAUUCACAAAUUAACUGGAGCAAUACUAGAAUUGUUUGUAGAUUUAUCCGUUAAUCAAAAAAUCACGGCGUUUGAAACAAUUUGGAAUUAUUCAUCUAAUUUAGAGGAAGCAAAUCAAGUUUUGGAACGCCAAUUUCAGUUGAUCAUGGAUGAUGUCGGUGACGAGGAUGGCAAUAAUGAUCUAGUAAAUGAGUCAGUUUCAACUUUAGUUACUAGAUUAGUGGAUGAUAAUUUUUCAAGGCUUGUUAAUUUAGUUUUGAGUCCAAUGAUAAAUAAUGGUUUUGAAACAUCUAGCCCAUUAGAAAAUAUAUCAGAUUUGAAUUUUCAUAUUUAUUGCUUGGAUAUUUUGAUUCGCUUGUUAAGUUUAGGUGGUAAACCAUUUAAAAAUCAUUUAGCAAAUGUUCAAUUUUCUCAAAAAGAAAAUAUGUCCUACAAAGUUUAUUUGAUUACUGUAUUAAAUCAAAGUUUGAAAGCACACACAAAUAAUGAAUUACUUGAUAAAAGCAUUUACUUAUCAUUGAGAUUGUAUAGCAAGUUAAUUACUGGUUAUGAAAAAAACUUUUCACAUUUAUUUAAUGAAUUACUCGAUGAUUCAAUCAAUUACAUUAAUUUACAGCUCAACAUUUCACUGGCUGAAUCUACAAUUGCUGAAUACUUCCAAACCAUACUUCAUUUUCUACAAUUUGGUUCAAAGUCGUAUUUAUUGCAUGUUAAAGAACAAGAAAAAGAACCAGUCAUUAUAAAAUUAAUUCAUUUGGGUAUCGAGAAAUGUGAUUCACCAUUACUUCUUGAAAAAUGCAUGGCACUUAUGAGAAAAUCAGUUCAUGUUUUUGGCGAAUCAGUGUUUAGUAUACUACUUGCAUUAAAUGACUCACUAAUUUUGAAAAUUAAUAACUUAUUCGAUAAAUUGAUAAGGUUGGAUGAUACAGAAAACAUCGAGUCUUCAUUAUUCGUCUUAUUUGAUGGUUUAGAAAGUCUUUUGACGAUAACUCAUGGUCAUUUAGUACGUCCCCAUAUGAAAGAUAAAUUAGAUAAAUCCGUCCCCGAUCAAGGUUUUCUCAAUAAUGUAAUGCAAGGAGUUUUUCAAAUUGAAUCCCCAUCAGCUAGAACUAAUGAACAAGACAAAUUAUACUCCACCCUUAUUGCAUUUCAUGAUGCAGCGAAAGUCAGUUUUAAAGUAUGGAAUUGGGCUGAUUCAAAGGGUGCUACCGAAAGGUCUUUAAAACAUGUUGCUUUCAACUUAAAAUUAAAAUCAAGAAAAAUACUUCAGACUUUGAUUGAUUUGGAAAGGCAAGAAACUGUUAAUUCAAUAGUGACAUCAGACUUAUCAACUGCACUUAAGUUAUUGAGCAUAUUAGAUGGUGGAAGAUCUCAGCUUACUUUACCAUAUUUAUUCAACUAUAUUAAAUUCAAAUGUAAUUCAAUGGUGAAUGACAAUUAUAGAUCAUACAUUGAGUCAGACGUUGAUGUCACCAAAUUAUCAACAUUCUUAUUAGCAUUUUACGAAUUCAUGGACUUAGAUAUAAUCUUGGAUGUUUGGAGCCAAACAAUUGAGUUUUUAGAAACCAUAUACAGUAAUGCCUCACAAUUUGAAUCAAUAUUACCAGAUAUCUUAAGACUUUGUAAAAUAUUAGCGGUUAAAACAAAUAGAGUGAAAAACAUCAAAAAUAAGAAUGCAUUAGGUGAUUCUUUUACCAGAUUGUUCUCUCAAUAUUUGGAUACUCAUCUGGAAGCUAAAGAAGAAGAAGUUGUGAAAGUAAUCCUUGAAUUUAUUUCGUCAUUUGAUGAUAUAUACCAUGAUUUAGAUAAAACAGCCACAGCCAUCAAUUUAUGUAUAACUUUUAUUAAGAAAAACAACUUGAAACUCGAGUCAAUUUCAGAAUUACUAUUAGCAAUCGGUGAAACUCAUAUUACAAGAAAUUGGAAAUCAAUUACAAACGAUUAUUUUAACGACUCAGAUUUUUUUGUAAAAUGUAAUAACUCAAAUUGGAGAAAAAUAAUUAGUUUAUGGAUAACAAAUGAUAGAUCAAAAUUUGAUGAAAAAGUUUCCAAACUUUUACCAACAUCAACUACAUCACCUGGUGCAUUAUUUAGCUGGAAUGAAAGCUCAGAAAUUGAAAUCAAAGUGAACAAUUUAAAAAGAGUUUCUUUCUUAAUACUUGUUCAGCCAAAAGACUACUUUGUUAAUAAUUUAAAAGAUAUAUUUGAGAAAAUUGAUGGGUUAUUAGACUCAAAAAAUUGCCCGACUUCCAUUAGAAUUGAAAUAACUACUUUGAUCAGAGCAAUUGUUUUGAAAGUUAGUGAUGUACAUUUAUUACCUCAUUGGCCCAUGAUAAACCACGAACUACUUACCAUUUUUGAAAAAAUAUUGAAUUAUAAAAGUCCCAAAGAAUUACAAAGCAUCCCACAAGAUUAUUUGAGGUUAAUUUUAUUUGGUUCAAAAUUACUUGAUGAAUUGUUGUUAAUUGGUCCUGACGAAUUCAAUUUAAAUAGCUGGUUAUUUGUCAAUAUUGAUAAUUUCGAAAACAAGCAAGAUAGUAUACUGAUAAUAGAUAAAAUUUCACUUAAUUAUGACUUUACUUUUUUAAAAAAUGAGGCAUUUAAAUUGAAUAAUGGAGGUGAUGGUUUCACCAAAGAUGAUGAAUCCAAAGAACCACUAUUGAAAGGAAUUAAAGAAAUAAAUCUGAUAACUCAGUUACGUUUGUUUUUUGAUUCUUUAAGUAUGAUACAAUACGAAAGAACUUACAGCUUGUUACCAGUUAAUCAUGAGACUUGUAUUGAUGAUAUAUUCAAUGACUUACAAUAG